AUGACAGUAACAUUUGAUAAGAUUGACCCUGAAGAGGAAGAAGACCGUACCAACCGUGGUUACGAACAUCGCAAGGACUUGGUGCGCGGGAUCAAGUUUCAAAAGGAGAAUGAUGAAAUGUUGAAAGAGGCCCGAUUGGAAUGUGGAUACGAUUGGCUUCGUGAUGAAUCCAGGGCCUUGGUAAAUAUUCAAUCCUUGGAUUUUGGCGUCCGCAUGAGCGUUCAUGGCUUUUUGGCUUUGUUCUACAAGGAGACCUGCGGCAAAGAGGAAGAAGAUUUGGCCAAGCUUUGGGAGUACUUUGCAAAGACACCCAUGGAGAAGGAUAACUUGAGUCCCAAGUUGCAAGAUUUUCUAUCAUUAAUUGCCCAGUUGGUCGGGAAUGAUCCACGACCUCCCAAAGUUGGGGCUGUUGCCACUGAUUAA